UCCCCUAGAGCAGCAUAACUCUGUAACACAACACACUCUCUCUCUAAAAGCUUCUCUUGACUCCUUGUACUUCUCUUCUCUCUCUACACCGUCUCUCUUUCUGUCUCUGGUUUCAAACAGCUGAGACACAACCCAUCAAGACUAGCCUCACAACCCCAGAUCACCAGAUCGCCGAGUUCCGGCAUGGACCAACGGCGGAGACUCAAAUUCCGGCCGCCGCCGAAGGUUUUUGCCGGCUAAAUGUAACCCAAUAACCCACAAACGAAAACCACCCCUCAACCCUCCGGCGACGACGACGGCGACGGUAAUCAGACACCCAAAAAACCCUUUUUCAGGAAAUUCAAGAAAUUUCACAAUACACCUCAACUCCGUACUUGUAUUUUGCAUUUAGAGCCAUAACAUUAUUAAUCUAUUUCACACAUUCAUAGUGUGGAGUGUGUGUGAUUUUGUGUGCUGUUGCUAUAAUGGCGGCUACGAAUACCACGACGACCCAACCAGUGGAGUCGUCUUCGGUGUCGCUCUCACCGGACGAGCUCGCGGCCAAGGCCGUGCACAAGCGCUACGAAGGGUUGGUGAUGGUUCGAACCAAAGCGAUAAAGGGCAAAGGGGCUUGGUACUGGGCACAUCUGGAGCCAAUACUGGUUCACAAUUCCGAUACGGGUCUGCCCAAAGCAGUGAAAUUGAGGUGUUCGCUGUGUGACGCUGUGUUCUCUGCUUCGAACCCAUCAAGGACUGCUUCGGAGCAUCUCAAGAGAGGGACUUGCCCCAAUUUCAACUCUGUUCCGAAACCCAUUUCGUCGGUUUCGCCUUCUUCGCUGCCUAAUCUCGCUUCGCCGUCUUCUUCUUCGCAGCAACCCAACCACCGGAAACGGAGUUCUUCUUCUUCCCGUGGUCGCAAUGGCAGUGCCGGCGGCGGUGGUGGUGGGGGCGGAGGAGGAGGAGGUGGUGGUGGUGUGUCUUCAUCUUCCUAUCAGGUUCCGCCACUUGCUGUGGUUGAUCCGUCGAGGUUUUCGGUGGAAAUUGCUUACUUGCCGUCGGUUUCUCCGGCUACGGCUGUUGUGACAGCAAGUGGUGGUGGUGGUGGAGGAGGUGGUGGUCUGUAUGGUCAGCAACAGCAUUUGGUGUUAUCUGGUGGAAAAGAAGAUUUUGGUGCUUUAGCUAUGUUGGAAGAUAGUGUGAAGAAGCUGAAGAGUCCUAAAGCAUCACCUGGUCCAACUCUAAGCAAGACACAGGUUGAUUCUGCACUUGAUUUUCUUGCUGAUUGGGUCUAUGAGUCUUGUGGGUCAGUCUCAUUUUCAAGUCUUGAGCACCCAAAGUUCAAAGCUUUCCUUAACCAGGUUGGAUUGCCUGCAGUUUCGCGGAGAGAUUUAGCAGGUUCUAGAUUAGAUGCUAAGUAUAUGGAAGCGAAAGCGGAGACAGAAGCAAGAAUUCGAGACGCCAUGUUCUUUCAAAUUGCUUCUGAUGGUUGGAAAUCAAAGAACUAUGGACAUGGUGUGGAAGAGAAUUUGGUGAACUUGGCUGUGAAUCUACCCAAUGGGACUAGUGUGUUUCGGAGGGCGGUGUUCAUUAACGGGCAAUCGCCUUCUACGUAUGCAGAGGAGGUUUUGUGGAACACAAUCAAAGACAUUUGUGGGAAUGCUGUGCAACAAUGUGUAGGUAUAGUUGCAGACAAGUUUAAGGCCAAGGCAUUGAGGAAUUUAGAGAAUCAGUAUCAUUGGAUGAUCAAUCUUUCUUGUCAGUUUCAAGGGUUCAAUAGUUUGAUUAAGGAUUUCAAUAAGGAGCUUCCAUUGUUCAAGAAUGUGACUGAGAAUUGUUUAAAACUAGCUAAUUUCGUCAAUAAUAAGUCUCAAGUUCGAAAUAGUUUUCACAAAUAUCAGUUGCAGGAGUAUGGGCAUGCUGGAUUGUUAAGAGUACCAUUGCCUGAUUAUGAGCAUUCCAACUUUGAACCUGCGUUCUCUAUGGUGGAGGACAUACUGAGCUCGGCACGAGCACUUCAGCUAGUUUUGCUUGAUGAAUCAUAUAAGAUAGUGUCAAUGGAGGAGCCGAUUGCGAGAGAGAUUGAGGAGAUGAUGAGGGAUCCUCAUUUUUGGAAUGAAUUGGAAGCCGUGCAUUCGCUAAUAAAACUGAUAAAGGGAAUAGCUCAGGAAAUUGAGUCAGAGAGGCCAUUAGUUGGGCAAUGCCUUCCACUUUGGGAUGAUUUUAGGGUGAAAGUGAAGGACUGGUGUGCUAAGUUCCACAUUGCCGAAGGGCCUGUGAAAAAUGUGGUUGAUAGGCGCUUCAGAAAGAAUUAUCACCCAGCUUGGUCUGCUGCAUUUAUACUCGAUCCGCUUUAUUUGAUUAGGGAUACAAGUGGGAAGUACCUGCCUCCCUUCAAAUGCUUGACGCCAGAGCAAGAGAAGGAUGUAGACAAGCUCAUAACUCGGCUAGUAUCGAGAGAGGAGGCUCAUAUUGCACUUAUGGAGCUUAUGAAAUGGAGAACAGAAGGGCUUGAUCCAGUAUAUGCCCAGGCUGUACAAUUGAAGCAGAGAGACCCCAUUACAGGAAAGAUGAAAAUUGCCAACCCCCAGAGCAGUAGGCUAGUCUGGGAAACUUACCUUACCCAAUUCAAGUCACUAGGGAAAGUUGCAGUUAGGCUCAUUUUCCUUCAUGCAACUUCAUGUAGGUUCAAGUGCAAUUGGUCUUUCUUGAGAUGGGUGAAUGCCCAUGGGCACUCGAGGGCAGGCAUGGACCGGGCUCAGAAGUUGAUAUUCAUUGCUGCUCAUUCGAAGCUUGAGAAGCGGGAUUCCUCGAAUGAUGAAGAAAAGGAUGCAGAGUUGUUCGCCUUGGCAAACGGUGAGGAUGAUGUGCUAAAUGAGGUCUUUGUUGAUGCAUCUUCAAUGUAACACCUUUUUCUCCUUUAGAAUUUUAGUUUUGUAGGAUUUCUUAUUAUUUUUUUCACUGCUUAUUUCAUUUGGUACUUGUCUAUAUAUUUUUUCCGUUUAGAAGAUUUUCUGGAUGUUGGAUCAUUGGUGGGAAGUAGAGACACAUUGAUGAAAUUUUGAAUUACAUAUACUACCGUAGAGCCUCUUGGUUCAAGAGAUUGCUCAUCUCCCACAAGAAUAGUUUUUGAAGUCAUUAAAUUGUGAAAAGAAACCCUUCUUGUCAGUAAAGAUACAAAAAUGCUGCAUAAGCAUGAGACACGAAGAAUAUUGUAAUAUUUUGGUCCCUCAAGUAAUUUUGGAUGAAUAACAUUUUUGUUUCUCCUUUGUUUUUAAGUUCAAAAUCCCCAAUUCCGCAUGAUGUUUUUCUGUUUCCACAAUUAGCAUUUUUAUUGUUUAUUUUGAUUAAUAGUUGUCUUUGGAAUGGAUGAUAUGUUUGUAUGUUGAUUGGGUUUUAGCAUAUGAAUUAUGUUUAUCUGCGAUUUUUUUUCCUUUUUUUUUUUGGUUGUGGGGUUGCAGUUAGCUUCAAGGUUUCUGCAGUUUACAGAUAUUAAUAGGCAGUAAUUGAGUUCUCUUCGUCGUGAUAUUGAUGCUUUUGUUUAUAUGAGUCAUGCUUUAGACCUUUAAUUGCACCCUUUGCAUUCUUAGGUUUUGAGGAAGAAAAGAAAAAAACUUUGUUUUGUAAUUCGAUUGCUUUGUUGGUGAUGCUUAGCAUUUCAUUUGUCUGUGAAUAGUUGACUGGUUGAAUAAGAUUUUAACCUUUCACUGGGAAUUCAUUCACAAAUCCAAUCACUUCAAAGUCCAUGCAACAUAAUUUCCCUCUGUUCCCACUCGAGUUCAGUAUCCCGUUUUUUCAUGGGUCCCUUGUCUGAGCAUCUCAUAGUCCAUCUUUAAGAAACAUUAUUGAAUGUCUUUGUAUAUUCUCAAGUGUUCAUUUCUCGACUGCAUGUGCUAGUUGGAUGCAGUGUGGAAUGAUGGGGAAACACCAUUAUUAAUUAAUUAUCUUUUAUUUUUAUACAGAGGUCCCAUUUCUAGGUAAGUUGUGAUUGAGUUCCAAACUUGAUUCAGUAGCCAAAAUCAUCACUAGUACCUGCGUGAACCUUAGUGUCCCCAUGUCCAGUGAGCUCCGACUUAAGCUUAGAAUUUACACAUUUAGAUUCAGUUUGCACAAGCCACUCCAAUUCUUGGAUGAACCUCACUAUUUCCGCUUCUUGUAAGAUUCCGAACCCAUGCAAUGUUUCUUUAAUUUGUGGAGCUCAACUCCUGAUCCUUAGUUUCUGUUUUAAUUAUCUAGUGAUCCUAGCCUGGUUAUUUGCCGAAGUAAAUAAAAAAUAGUCUUCACUUCUUUCAACUGAAAUGAACUCUUUGCACCUUAAAUACUCAGGUUAUUAUCUUUUGCGUCAUUUUUUCUUUUUUUUUUAAUGACUCAGUUUGGUCAGCAACAUCAGUCACAUAAGCUGUGUGCUCAAGUAUUAGUACCUGUUGACCACUUUUUUUGUCGGAAAUGUUAAAUAAAGAAAUUCGGCUAGUUCAACUGAAGAAUGACCUUAAAUAUCUUUCUAAUAUACCCCUCUUUUCUG